ACGUUACGCAACUGCUGUUCGGCAGUAAUAUUUGACAGUGCUUUUUUGCGUAAAUACUAUCAUCUAUUCUCAAUCAAUUCAUAUACUUUUAUUUAGUAUAUUGCCUGAGUUGGCCGACACACAGCUAAGAGGAAGUGGGAAACAUUAUCGUCAAUGAGAAUUGAUUUAGGACAAGACAACCUGAACACGUGAUGCGUUUACCUCUGCUAUGAGUAUUGCUGUUACCUUGGAGUUUAGUGGUGGUGCCGAGUUGCUCUUUGACAAGCAAAAGAGCCAUGCCAUAACUCUGCCUGAACAGUCUUCUCCAUGGAAACUUAAAGAUCUGUUACCAUGGAUACGGGAUAAUUUAUUGAAAGAGAGGCCUGAGCUGUUUAUGCAGGGUACUACUGUAAGACCAGGCAUUCUUGUACUGGUGAACGAUGCAGACUGGGAAUUAAUGGGGGAACUCGAAUAUGAAAUUCAACAAAAAGAUAGAAUCGUGUUCAUAUCUACUCUGCACGGAGGUUGACAGAGUUUUGUUGACAACUGUUCAUUUCAGUUAGUCUGGAUAUUGAUCCCCAACAAUGUCCAUCAAGCAGAAGCCUACAUAUUGUAACAUCGAAGUCGAACAAGUCUACACUAAAACUGAAUAAUACAUCAAAUUUUGGAGAAAGUUUACACUGAAACUGAAUAAUACAUCAAAUUUUGGAGAAAGUCUACACUGAAACUGAAUAAUACAUCAAAUGUUGAAGAAAGUCUACACUGAAACUGAAUAAUACAUCAAAUUUUGGAGAAAGUCUACACUGAAACUGAAUAAUACAUCAAAUUUUGGAGAAAGUCUACACUGAAACUGAAUAAUACAUCAAAUGUUGAAGAAAGUCUACACUGAAACUGAAUAAUACAUCAAAUGUUGAAGAAAUGUUCCCGACUUUUUGUACAGCUCUAUGACUGACAAAUUCUGACUAACAUAAUGGCACUGUCGUGUUCAUGCAUGACACGCUGUGCUAAAACAGAACAACAAUUUAUAUGAUAAUGUUAUUCAUCAUUAAAUGUCCUACACUUGA